AUGUGUGGCUGUAUAUGGGACAGGAAUCCAUCGAAAUGCCGGGAUAAACAGCUCUGCUGGGGCCCAAGAAUGGUAGCGCUCGAAUCCCACACAGCGACAUGCGGAGACUGUUGGACAAGAGGGGAUAAGCGGGUCUACGAACGACAAGAGUAUCACGAAUCUGACAAAGACAGAGAAGACUCCAAAAAGGCGAUAUCGGAUUGCGAAAGCCAGUCAAAUGGGAGUGACAAUAUUUCUGACGAUGAAGACUAUUUUUCAGCUGAUGAGUUCCUGUCGUUAUCUCCAUACUCGCGACCUGCGACCCCACAACUUUACUAUGAGCAAAAUUCGACGAUAUGCCCUGUAUCUGAGGAUAACGAUUUCGAUUUGACCAGGACCUGUGACCCCGUGGAUCUUGCGUCGAUGGGGAGGGACUAUCGAGCAAGGCGCCACAAGACGACAUCAUCCGAGUGCCCAUUGGAUGGUACAUAUUCUUUUGUUUCUUGUGAAGAGUACGGCGACGAAGAACCUCCAGAUGAGGAAAAUACCGGUGCUGAAGACAAAGAAGACGAUCUUUACUAUAGCAUUGUAGGUCUGCCUAGUAGGCCUAAAGGCCCGAUCAAAAGCUUGGAGGAUCGAUCAUUGCGGUUAUAUGGCUCUGUGCAGGAGACCAAAUAG